AUGGUCAUACCAUCAAUGGCACAGUAUGGUCAAACCCUGUUUGUCGCAGCAUUGUCAAACCAUAUAGAUGAGAUGGCCCAAUGUCAGAACUGCUACUACAUGUCGAAUGCUAAACCCAGGCACUGGUUUGCCCAACCUUGUGACCCCCCACAUGAGUUGGUUUAUGCCAAGUUGAAGGGCUACAGCUACUGGCCGGCUAAGGUUAUACACUAUAUCAACGAGGAACGAUAUGACGUCAGGUUCUUCGGUAACCCCCAUCAGCGAGCCGUCAUUCCAAAAGAUCAGAUUAAACCCAUAGAUGCAGAUCUCAAAAAGGUUACAUUCAAGAAAACAACAGGUUUCAACAAGUCAAUGGAGGAACUGAAGAUUCACCAGAAGCUGCUUCAGGAGCAGGAGCAGCGGGCUGAGGAGGAGGAUAACGAGGAUGAGGAGGAAGAAGAGGAGCAGCACACAACAGUUUCCUCCACCUCCAUCUCAACCAGCAAGGCUGCCAAGAGGAAACGGGUAUCAGUCCCAGAUGACGUAGUGACGUCCACUGAGGAGUACCAGCCAAGUAAGUCAAUGGCUGCGAGCACAGACGAUUUCGCCUUUAAUGGAGAAGAAGUUGAAGCAAAGAAAGAGCCACACAAACCGCCCAAGAAACGGUCACGCCUAUCCACCAACAACACUGCAUCACAGACAAGCAAGAAGGCAACAACCACAGUAUCAUCAACACAAACAGAGGAGCAGACAAUAGACACAGCUACGCCAUCACCCAGCCUGGAGUCAUCGCCAUCGUUGUCACAGAGUGUCACUGAUACUCCCAGUAAAACUGACGAGGUCAAGUCUGACGAGCCCCCUGUGUUAGAGAAUGAGGAAGAAAAGACCUGUAACUGUGCCAGCAAACAUAGUCGUCUGAUGGUCGAGCAGAAAGAGAGAAUGGAGAAACACUUCCGCGAGGAGAAGGCCAGAGGAUUAGAGGAGCUCUCGGAAAGGCUUCGUAAGGAUUUUGAGGAAGACAAACAGCAGGCUGUGUCGCGUGCAAUGAGUAAACUGCAGGCGGAACUAGACAAGGUUCGCCGACAGACAGAGGAGAAAUGUAAGGAGCAGUACAAAGAUGAGAUGAAGAAACUGGCACAGAAACACAAAGAAACAAUCUCUGCGACCAAGAAAAAACAAUGGUGUUUCAAUUGUGAGGAGGAAGCCAUGUACCACUGUUGUUGGAACACAUCGUACUGUAGUGUGAAAUGUCAGCAGGAACACUGGCACAAGGAACACAAGAGGGUCUGUCGCAGGAAGAGAUAAACUCACCCCACACUGGGAACUGUGAGAUAAACACUACCACGCAGGGUGAAUGUGUACAAGGAUUUUCACACUUUACUUUCACUCCUGUGAACGAGUGAACUAUUGUGACUGGAUGUGUCAUAAAUUUGUGUAAUAUUUCCACAGUAACUUUUGCUCAAAGAGCAAACAUGGGUCACUCACAGAAAUUGAUGAAUUAACCAUGCUGUGGAAAUGUGUACAAGGAUUUUAACACAGGGUGAAUGUGUACAAGAAUUUUCACACUUUACUUUCACUCCUGUGAAAUGUGUACCAUUGUGGCUGGAACAUGUCAUAUUUUGGCAGUAUAACCCAAAAAAUAUUAAUAAGAAUUGUGACAUUGGUGAAAUAUCUUUCAGCAUGUCUCUUCCUGUGAAUCAUAAAACACUUCAGUUGGAAUGCAUCAUACCACAGAGUGAAUUGUCGUCAGGGUCACUGGCAUAUAGAGCGCAUUUAUGUGUUAUAACAGGAUAAGAUACUAUGGGGAAAUGUGUACAGGGGAAUAUCAGACUUGUGAAACUGUAUGAAACCUUCAAUAGUGAAAUAUUUAGAAGUCAAAAAUUUCACAUUGUUAAUCAGGUUUUGGACUUUCAUGUGAAAGAACACAAAUUUCAUGCUCAAGUCUGGUUAAACAUGUCUGAGAAUGUUAAAGUCUGAAUUUUAUACAAAAUGUUUAAAAAUAUUACAAUAGUUGUUAAGAAUAUAUAGAGGAUAUCCAGUUUUGGAAUAUGUACAUUUUGUGAACUGUUUGUGUUUUCCAAUUUUAGAAUUACCAUAGGGCAGUCUUGUUUCACUUUCAUAGCUAAAAGUAAAGUAAGCUUUUAGGCAUAUUGAUCUAGACUUCGAUUUUGAUAAUUGUAUCAACAAUUUUUGAAAUGCUUGACAUAUAUAAAGAGCAGAAAAUGAUUGUUACUAAAAGACAGUUUGAAUUAUAAUAUGUUUAAGACUGUUAUUAGGUAACCAUCUGUAUUGCUGACUUGAAAAUACACCAUAUAUGUCACCAUGAACUUUAAUUUUUUUUCAUAAACACCAAGUCAAUUUAACACUCAGUUUCUUAAACAUAUCUGAUCUCUUAAUACAUUUCAAUCAUGUGAUUGAGCCAUGAAUACAUCAACACAUAGCCAUGAAUACAUCAACACAUAGCCAUAAAUACAUCAACAUAGCCAUCAACACAUAGCCAUGAAUACAUCAACACAUAGCCUAGUCAUGAAUACAUCAACACAUAGCCAUCAACACAUAACCAUCAACACAUAGCCAUCAGCACAUACAUGUACACAUCAACACAUAGCCAUGAAUACAUCAACACAUAGCCAUGAAUACAUCAACACAUAGCCAUGAAUACAUCAACACAUUUCCAUCUACACAUCAACACAUUACCGGCUACACAUCUUCACAUAGCAUAGCACAUAACUGCUCUGAUUACACAUAUAUAGUUGAAUUAGAACCAAUAUAAUACAUUCAGGUUAAGAUGCAUUGAAAAAUUACAUGUUGGUGUAUAAUGAAAUCAUAACAUGUUAAGCCAUGAAGUGCAUAUUCAGGUUAAAUAGAUACUGAUGACUACAGUACAUCGAGACCAUUAGCAACAACAACGCCAUUGUUUGAUAUACCACCACCCCAUUUGGUCACAGUUGUCAUCAUUAAAUUAACAAUAUGAUUGACAAUGUAAUUAUAUCCAUCGUACCAUUUUGUGAAACAAGUUUAUCACUAAAAAAAUAGAAGCUUUUCUUGCCCUCCACGGCAAUACUGGAACAUUAUUCCAUCCCCCAUACUUAAGUGUUCUAUGAUGAAGCAGUCAGGGGAAUACAACAAUUU